AUGCGCUCGCCAAUCCCUGACACGCCCAAGACCGCGUCGCUCGUCACGGCCUCACACCUCGUCGUCCUGCAGCACGGACUGCUGGGCAGCAAGCACGACUUUGAUCGCUUCGUCCAGCUCUUCCGCACGCACUUGGAAGCCGACGGCUCUGGCGUCUACUGCCACGCCGCAGCAAGCAACGCGUCGAGCUUUUUCAAGACGUACGAUGGGAUUGACCACGGCGGGGAGCGCCUGGCCGACGAGAUCCAAGGCCUAGCCACGCAGAUGCCUCACUUGCAGAAGCUGUCGUUGAUCGGCCACUCGCUUGGCGGUCUGUACUGUCGCUACUGUAUUGGCGUGCUCUUCAGUCGUGGCUUCUUUGACAAGAUCGAGCCAAUGAAUUUCGUGACGAUGGCAGCUCCUCAUCUUGGAAGUCGCCGACCUCGUCGUGGUGCAACAAACGCUGUGUUUAACGCACUGAUGCCCAAAAUGUUUAGCCGGACGGGUACCCAAUUGACAUUGACAGAUGCCGCAACGACGGAGACGCAGGCGCUCAGUUGUGCGUCGCGUGCGCUUCAGGACAAGCACUUUUACCCAGCGCUCUUGGAUAUAAGCGGAUCCUUGCUGGUCCAUUUUCCAGAUGCAGGAAAGCAACUGGACGAUGCACAGAAGACAUUCGAGCUGUUUGAUUGUGUUUUGAGCGAUCGAAAGCUGCGCAUCUCUGAAGGCCAGGAGAAAUCAGCCGAGGGGAAGGCAAAGCUUGACAUUGACAUGUCUUGUGCUGACGUAAAGAUCGUGCUACCCAGCGGAAAAAGCGUCGGCAACGACGCUCCUUCUUCCUCAAGGUUCACCGUUUGGGGUCAAAAUGAACCUAUUGAGAAGCUCAACGAGUCUGGCAACUUUGAUAUCCAGAUCUGUUGGUCUGCCAACGAGACAGAACAAGCAGAUGCGGACGUCUGUGUGCUACGCAUUCCUGAAGCUGACAUUCAUCGCGAUUGGAAAUGGCUUGUCGCUCUCAGCAACGCUGCAUUCGGUGUGCGCUGUCUGACGUUGACUGACAGUACCAAGGAAGGAACGCGGCAAGUAUCGGAGACAUCACCUCUCCUGAGUUGCUUGACUCGAGGUCAGUUUAUGCAGGCGUUACAGAUGUUCAAGGCGCGUACACUGUACUCGAAUAUAUUCUUCGACCUGCAGGUGCCGUACACAUGCGCAGCGGUACGCGCAUUCAAUCCGUAUCGCGCGAGUGCCGAAAAGUGUUCCAUGUCUCCUGUAUACAAGCACAUUGCGUCCGUCUCUCUCGAGAGCGCGCGUCAGCUGCGCGAUACGAUCCCUCACGCGAUCAAGUGCCUCAUUGUGAAGAAAAUGACACCCGACGGAGCAGCUCUGGCCUCGCCUCCAAGCGCGGAGAAUUUGCCGCACGACGAUCACGACGUCGAUGGUGGCGACGUCGAUGGUGCCAACAGCAGUAGAAGCGGUGAAGGAAUGGCUGAAAGGAAAUCUCUUGCAGCUUCCAGCGGUAGUGGCCGACAGCGUCAACCCUUUUUCAGCCGUCAUCGUGGGAAAACCGUGGGCAGUGCGCUUGCAGACGACUCUUGUGGAGCUCGACCAGCUCCGUUUCUUGACGGCGAUGUUAUCCUCGAUCAGCUGCCGUUCGCCUUUACAGCCGAUACAGAGCGAGACGAGCUACGUGGUAUGCUGCUAUCGAUGCAAAGUGUGGGCUGGCGACGGAUCGACGUCUUGUUUGGAAGCAUCAUGUCGCACGAGCACAUCAUUGCCAAGCGAGCGAACUUAGACAAGCCCCUUGACUCUGGCGCUGACGUCGUGCACCACGUGAUGGAUACGCUUCUUCUAUGA